CGCCCCUCUCGCGCCUGCGCAGUGAGUGUCGACGGCCUCGAGCGCCUAGGCGGGAGGUGUUUCUGCGUGAGAGAAUAGAGCCGCUACAAGUGGACGUGGCUCAACAGGCUUUAGGAUGUCUGAAGAUGAAGAAAAGGUGAAGUUACGCCGACUUGAGCCAGCUAUCCAGAAAUUCACUAAGAUAGUGAUCCCAACGGACCUGGAGAGGUUAAGAAAACACCAGAUAAACAUUGAGAAGUAUCAGCGGUGCAGAAUUUGGGACAAAUUGCAUGAAGAACACAUCAAUGCAGGGCGCACUGUUCAGCAACUCCGCUCCAAUAUCCGAGAAAUGGAAAAGCUUUGCUUGAAAGUCCAUAAGGAUGACCUGGUUCUUCUGAAGAGAAUGAUCGACCCUGUUAAGGAAGCAGCAGCAGCAGCCACGGCAGAGUUUCUCCAGCUCCACUUGGAGUCUGUUGAGGAACUCAAGAAACAAUUUAAUGAGGAAGAAGCUUUAUUACAGCCUUCUCUGACCAGAUCCACGACUGUUGGUGGAGCGCUCCACACUGCGGAGGCCGAAGCUGCUGCUCAGAGUCUGACUCAGAUAUAUGCCUUGCCUGAAAUCCCUCGAGACCAAAAUGCUGCUGAAUCCUGGGAUAACUUAGAAGCGGACUUAAUCGAACUUAGCCACCUGGUCACUGAUUUCUCCCUCCUAGUGAAUUCUCAGCAGGAGAAGAUUGACAGCAUUGCAGACCAUGUCAACAGUGCUGCUGUGAAUGUUGAAGAGGGAACCAAAAACUUGGGGAAGGCUGCAAAAUACAAGCUGGCAGCUCUGCCUGUGGCAGGUGCACUCAUCGGAGGAGUGGUGGGGGGUCCCAUCGGCCUCCUCGCAGGCUUCAAAGUGGCAGGAAUUGCAGCUGCACUUGGUGGUGGGGUGUUGGGCUUCACAGGUGGAAAAUUGAUACAAAGAAGGAAACAGAAAAUGAUGGAGAAGCUCACUUCCAGCUGUCCAGACCUCCCUAGCCAAAGCGACAAAAAAUGCAGCUAAAGCUCAGGCUUCCACCAGGCGCCAGUGCGUCCACCCUAAGGAGCUCCUUGCUGCUGCUGAGUGCUCAGCUGCUGGACAGUAUCAGCAAGCGGUUCUCCAUGGCCGUGUGCUGUAGAACCUCCAUCACUGGAUGUAUUUGUUUGCUGGCUGUUAAUGGAGAUGUUAGGAGUGGAGGAGCCUGGGCCGAGGGUGUGGGAUGACUGUCAGGUCCAGUUUAAAGACUGCCAAAGAGCAAAUGUUCUGCCUGGAAAUGUGAAGAUUGAACCUAUAAAUCUAAGGAUCUAAGAUGUGUAGAAAUGUAUCAGGCACACGAGGGUCAAUGUGUUUGUAGAUUAUUUCCUCCUGUAGGGAGAAACAGAAUGUGAGUUCAGGAGUCUUUCUGUCAGGUAGGGAUGUUGCCGCCUAACAAGGGGUGCAGGCAAACUAUUUCUGGACUUGGGAACUGAUUGUACAUGGAUCCAUUUAUAUUUUCUGGUGAAGGAAAUUAAUACUAUAAAAUGGAAAGAGAAGCCCAUGUUCUCUUUGCAGACUUUUCAUUGUGACAUGGGUGUCUUUUCUGAAGCCUUCCCUGCCUCUCCAGAUAAGAGCACAGAAUCUCAUAGCUGGAUCUACUAACCCAGCCACCACACCCACUUGUAGCUGGUAAUUCUGAAGGCUCUCUGCUUCUAGGGUGAAUUCUAUCUAUGUAAUGAGGAUUUUUCUCAUAAUUACUGUUUUUUUCAUAUCAUUUUCCAUCUCUAGUUACCCCUUCCUGUAAUCUCUUAAAUUGAAAAGAGCAAAUUUAAAUAUUUCCAGCAUUUUUGGGCAGAAGGAAGUACAAGAUCACAUCCUGGGCACUGUAGGACUUCAAGGGGCUGACAUACCUGUCUCAAGGGGUCUGGGCCUCUCAGUCCUCUGGCUGGGUUGAGAAGGAGCUUUCUACCUCACUUCUGUUGCCGUUGCCCUUUCCCAGGUCAUUCCUAUCCUGCAGUUUUUACGGCUGCUCUUCCUCCCAGUGUUCACACUUCUCUCCUGCUCUAGAUGGCCAAAACCAAGAUUCAGACCCGAUACAAGCUCUGUGGUGCUAACAUGGACAGCAGACAUGGUCCAGUCCAGUUCCAUGUCUGUCUCAAACAAAAAGUUUUGAAAUUUAGAGAAAAGGAAUUUAAGACUGUAGGCAGCCUCAUCCUGUGUCCCAACUCAUUUGAGAUAGGAGGAGGGAGCCACUGGUUGCCUCAUUUUUUAAUCUCCUGAGGAGAAAGCAUGGUCAGCCAGGAGCAUGGGUUCAAGCACCAAAGGGUUUGUUUACCAUUUAGCUUCUUUUAAAAACUGUGUUGACACCAUGUGGUAGUGGCUCACUCCGUUAAUCCCAGCACUUCUGAGGCAGAGGUUGGUAGAUUGCUGUGAAUUCGAGGCCAGCCUGGUCUACAAGGACAGCUAGGCUGUUACACAGAGAAACACUGUCUCCAAAACAAAACAAAACAAAACAAAACAAAAACAAAAACAAAAAAAGAGCUGUGUUGAUGUUUGGCCUCUGUUGAUUGCUACCUUUCCCUCUCUACCCUAAGAUCCUUCCCUUUCAUACUUUUGAGUCUUGCUGAUGCAUAUUCCUAUGAAACAAAGCACUACAUUGUAUUAAGCUAUCGGGAAGUAGCAAGUAUUUGUUAUCUGCUGACUUAAGACUUUAAUAUCAAAAAGAGGAAGUAUUUUGAAUGAGUGUUGGAUUGUGUUCAUUGCCUGACACUGGGAAUUAAGUAUUUGGAGUAAUUAUUUUUAACUUCAUCUUUUUUUCUCUGUUUCUUGCUGCUCCUUUAAGUUGGACAUGUCAAAUCUGAGCAGGAGGCAGAACACAUCCCAAUUUGAUUUAAAAAAAGAUUCUUUUUAAAUUUUGUUUUGUUUUUCAAGAUGUGUAUCCCUGUGUAUCCCUGGCUGUCUUGGAAAUCACUCUGUUAACCAGGUUGGCCUUGAACUAGAGAUGCACUUGUUUCUGAGUUGGAGUGCUGGGAUUAAAGGCAAGUGCCAUCACCACAUCACCUGACUGUAACAAGAUUCUUGAACCUCCAUCACCGGUAAUUCUGAUACAGCCAGUCCAGCCUGCUUAGCUGGAAUUCUCAGAAUAAGCAAUGUUGUCUCAUUGUCUAAUCUCCCGUGUUCUACAUCAUCUUCCUCAUUGCUUAGUACUUAUUCUGCCAGUCCCCAAAGGGCCACUCAGUCCGUGUGCCAUAAUAGCCACAGCACGAAGAACCAGGGUGAGGCUUGCGUUUAAAACCCGCAUCUUCUGGAUUUUGCGUUUUCACUGAGCCAGUGUGGGAACUGUUGACAUGAUCAUCAACGGUCAGUAUUAGGCUUUCGACUCUAGCCGUCUAAAUGCUUAAGGAACUUACAGUCUUCUUUAAAAUUUUAUAUUUUAGAAUUACUUAGAAAUUAUACCUCAUUUCCCUACAAUAACUUUUUGUGGAAAUUGCUUAGAAGUUUUUAAUCAACUAUAAAUUAUAUAAAGUACUUAAAAGUAUAAAUUAGUCAAUAUGACACAGAAGUGUCAAGUUAAAUUUAUCUUCUGUAUGAUUUAUGUCUUAUUUUUAUUUCAACCAGUUAAAAAGCACCAUUUUAAUUAAGGUUGUAAAAUUUGUAGAUUUUACAUAAAAUUACUCAUUUCAGUAACAGUAGCACUCCUAAAUACUCUUUUUGAUGUUAUAAUCUGAGAAUUUCUCUGAAAUUUUGGUGUAACCCAUAGUAAAAAAAAGUAUUAAAAUUGAACAUAUAUACAUGAAAAAUGUUUCUCAUUAUGUGGAAUACAUUUUGAUGUUUUGUUUUUCAACAUAUUGAUUUCAACCCAAUCUAAGUCUACAAAUCUAAGUCCACUAAACCAAUCUCAGUCUACAAAUCAAUUGGCACCCUCAGUUUUCAGAAAACCUCCCUACAGAAGAACUGGUGUUUCCUAAGCAGUUAGCCAGGCGCUUUAGCAGGCAUUUAUGGAGAGGGUAACUGGGCCUCGGAGGAAUUAAGUACUAUGCAGUCCUUCAGUUCCAAAGGAGGAAACUGGGAUGGAACUGGAUUUGUUGGUGCUCGGGCUCUCGGCUAUGCUGCACUGCCUCACCGGAAGCCUGGCGACUGUAAGGCCAACUGUGAACAACCCUUGCUGUUCAUUUGCUUUUUUGUCUUUUGUGCCUCACCAGGUGUCCAAAGCCUGCUCUUCAUUGUGGCCAUGGCAGAACACAGCACUGCACUGUGUUCUGUUUUAUACUCAAGUAUAGAAUGAAGAGUGCCACUCUCCUGCCCCACCUUCUACACAUUGGUUUAUAUCAUAGGUUAUGAUCAUUGUUUAAAGUGUCUUAUAUAAUUAAAAAUAAACAGUACUUU